UGAGCCGGGGCCGGGGCCGGAGCCGAGCCGGGGCCGGGGCAGCAGCGGGGACCCCCGGAGGCGGGGCCUGUGGGACCGCGAUGGGCGUGGAGAUCGAGACCAUCUCUCCGGGAGACGGAAGGACAUUCCCCAAGAAGGGCCAGACGUGUGUGGUGCACUACACAGGGAUGCUCCAAAAUGGGAAGAAAUUCGAUUCAUCCAGAGACAGAAACAAACCUUUCAAGUUCAGAAUUGGCAAACAGGAAGUCAUCAAAGGUUUUGAAGAAGGCGCAGCACAGCUGGGUCCUCUUUCUCCUCUCCCCAUCUGCCCCCAUCCCUGCUAGAUGAGCUUGGGGCAGAGGGCGAAGCUGACCUGCACCCCUGAUGUGGCAUAUGGAGCCACGGGCCACCCCGGUGUCAUCCCUCCCAAUGCCACCCUCAUCUUUGACGUGGAGCUGCUCAACUUAGAGUGAA